CCAGGCUUGGAAGUAGGCAUCCCCGAGGAGCCCAGAAGAAGCAGCGCGGCGGAGCUCGACGGGCGCUUGGAGAGACGGAGCGCACGACGAGGGCGCACGGAGCAGCGCCAUGGAGUCCGGCGGCGGCAAGAUGACGGCUCGGUUGCUGCUGGCUGUUGGAGGAGCAGUCCUAGGAUCUCUGCAGUUUGGCUACAACACCGGAGUCAUCAAUGCCCCACAGAAGGUGAUCGAGGAAUUCUACAACUACACGUGGUACAACCGCUAUGGGGAGUACAUCAGCCGCGGCACCCUCACCACGCUCUGGUCCCUCUCUGUGUCCAUCUUCUCGGUGGGCGGGAUGAUUGGGUCGUUCUCGGUGGGGCUGUUCGUCAACCGCUUUGGACGGCGGAAUUCUAUGCUGAUGUCCAACAGCCUUGCUUUCCUGGCUGCAGCGCUAAUGGGUUUCUCGAAGAUAGCCAGCUCCUUUGAGAUGCUGGUCCUUGGCCGCUUCGUCAUUGGGGUGUAUUCUGGCCUCACCACAGGCUUCGUGCCCAUGUACGUGGGGGAGGUGUCACCCACGUCCCUUCGGGGGGCUCUGGGGACGCUUCAUCAGCUGGGCAUCGUCCUGGGCAUCCUCAUAGCGCAGGUGUUCGGCAUGGAUCUGAUCAUGGGGAGCGAUAGCCUGUGGCCACUCUUGCUGGGGUUCAUCUUUGUUCCUGCCUUGGCGCAAUGCAUCCUGCUGCCCUUUGCCCCAGAGAGUCCCCGCUUCCUCCUUAUCAACCGCAAUGAGGAGAACAAAGCCAAGAGUGUCCUGAAGAAGCUCCGAGGGACGACCGACGUCAGCAGUGACCUCCAGGAAAUGAAGGAGGAGAGCCGGCAAAUGAUGCAGGAGAAGAAAGUCACCAUCCCAGAGCUUUUCCGCUCACCCAUGUACCGCCAGCCCAUCCUCAUCGCUGUUGUCUUGCAGCUUUCCCAGCAGCUCUCUGGGAUCAAUGCGGUAUUCUACUAUUCAACCAGCAUCUUUGAAAAAUCCGGGGUGCAGCAGCCUGUGUAUGCUACCAUUGGGUCUGGAGUUGUCAACACGGCCUUCACAGUGGUCUCGCUGUUCGUGGUGGAGAGGGCCGGACGGCGGACUCUGCAUCUCGUGGGCCUGGCCGGAAUGGCGGGGUGCGCAGUCCUCAUGACCAUCGCUUUGGCGCUUCUGGAGCAAAUGGCCUGGAUGUCCUACCUCAGCAUCAUUGCCAUCUUUGGCUUUGUGGCGUUUUUCGAGAUCGGCCCAGGCCCCAUUCCGUGGUUCAUUGUGGCGGAGCUCUUCAGCCAAGGCCCCCGACCCGCAGCCUUCGCUGUGGCUGGCCUCUCGAACUGGACGGCAAACUUCAUUGUGGGGAUGAGCUUUCAGUACAUUGAGGAAGUCUGCGGCCCCUAUGUCUUCAUCAUCUUCAUGGUGCUGCUGAUCCUCUUCUUCAUCUUCACCUACUUCAAGGUGCCUGAGACGAAGGGCCGCACCUUUGACGAGAUUGCCUCUGGCUUCCGCCAAGGGGGCGGUGGGCAGAGCGACAACAAGACGCCAGACGAAUUUCACAGCUUGGGCGCAGACUCCCAAGUCUAAGCCCCGAAGACCCGACUGGCUCCUCCCUUCGCUUCACUUCCUUUGCUGCCUGUUCUUGACGCUUGUAAACAGAAGCCAGGCUCAUGGCGAAGCAGGCGCCGAGGCCUCCUUCCGGGGCUGCCGCCUGGUUUCCAGGCGACGAACUGACGCCCAGCCCUAGGAACGGUUAGCUGGUUUUUCACGUCCAGGAUUUCAAUGCUGACAAGGUUCGGAAGCCACGGCUAUCGUUCAGACUGAGCCUCUUCCGUGGGGCAGCAGUAAGUCCUUCCAGUGACCAGACCCUCACUUUUAUUUUUAGAAGGAAAAAAAAA